AACGCUUCUACUACUAACUCAGCCAUAGAAAUAAAUAGAAACCUCCCCCACUCCCCAAGAUUACACACAACACCUCCCAAAAACCAAGUUUAAUCCUCCGAAGUCCUUUAGAUGGGCAACUGCAUGGGCCUGUGCAAACAAAAGAGAGAGAACAACCAAGUUAUGAACGUGGAGGAAGGAUUAUAUGGCGGCAACGGCAACGGCAACGGCGGCAGCAACGGCGGCGAAAAGGAGGGUGGUGGUGGUGGUUUUAAGGUUAAGGUGCUGUUAACAAGAGGGGAGCUUGAGAGGCUUUUGGUGGAGGUGAAGAAGGGGGAGAGGAGGCUUGAGGAAGUGCUUUUGGAGAUGGGUGAGGAGAGGGAGAGAGAGAUAAUUGUUGCUAAGUGGAAAAGCACUCACCAUCAGGAGGGGUGGAAACCAACUUUGGAGAGCAUUGUGGAGUGCCCUGAGGCCUCAGAAUUUUGAUCAAGUAAAUUACAAGCCCAUUUAAUUAGUUAAUUUAUGAGAUUACCCUCCAAUUCUCUCUCUCUCUCUCUCUCUAUAUAUAUAUAUAUAUGUAUUGUUGUUUGUUUGGUGUUACCUUUGUUUUUUGGUUUCUUUAGACUAUUAUUAAUUUCUCUCUUUUUUAAAAAAUUUAAUUAUUGAUUUCCUUAUAGAGGAAGUGAAUUGUCAGGAACUUCUUUGUAAAUAGGAGCUUCAAUCAUAAGGGUGUGUAAGACCUCUAAUUAAUCCUACUACUAUGUCUCAAAAUAGGGAUUAGCUGGACAUGUGGCUUAAUUAAUUAUGUGUUCUCUUAUAAUUUUGUGUAAUUACACUCUUUUUUUUUUUGGAA